CUCGCCGUUGGGUGGGACCAUUAGUUCAGGACUUGCGCCGUUUCCGCCCCCUGGGUUAACAGAGCAGCGCCGCCGGCCGCCGCUCCCUCACCCCCUCCACCUGCAUACCUAGAGCCGCUAUUUCUUCCUCCCUCUGCGCGCGCGCAGGAUCGACGACGAUGGCGGGGGAGGCAGGAAGGAGGAAACGCGCGGCGGUGGUUGUGCUGGGCGACAUCGGCCGCAGUCCCCGGAUGCAGUACCACUCCCUCUCCCUCGCCAGCCAGGCUGGUUUGGAAGUGGACAUUGUUGCAAACGGAUGAAGUGAUCCCCAUUUAUCACUGAGAGAGAACCCGUCAAUUCACAUCCAUGAGAUGAAACCAGUGCAGUUAUCAGGAGUUUCAAAGAUAUCUGGGGCCCUGGCACUGCUACUUAAAGCUGCCAUCCAGUUUAUCAUGCUGAUUUGGUUUCUCUGCUUUAAGAUUCCUCGCCUUGAUGUCUUCAUUGUUCAGAAUCCACCCUCCGUUCCAACAUUGGCUGCUGUAAAACUGGUUAGCUGGCUAAGAGGUGCUAAAUUUAUUGUGGAUUGGCAUAACUUUGGAUAUACUUUGCUUGGGUUGUCUCAUGGCAGAAGUCAUGUAAUAGUCAAAAUCUAUUUCUGGUUCGAGAAGCACUUUGGGCGGAUGACUGAUGGUGCCUUUUGUGUUACGAAAGCAAUGCAACAUGAGCUUUCUCAAAAUUGGGGAAUCAAAGCAACAGUUCUUUAUGAUCAUUCUCCUGAAUUUUUCCAUCCUGCUUCCUUGGCGCAGAAACAUGAGUUGUUCUGCAGGUUGGGUAGUUCCAUUUGUAGUGCUAUGGGCAGUGCUGAUUGCAUCUCUGUUGGAAAAGAAGUGGAAGACAAGAGCACUACUGUACUUACUAGCAAGAUUGAUGGAGUUUCUUUGAAGCCUAAUAGACCUGCGCUUGUUGUGAGCAGCACAAGCUGGACACCAGAUGAAGAUUUCAGUAUACUUCUGGAAGCAGCACUGAUGUAUGAUAGACGUGUUGCUGCAACAUUAGGUGAAGAGGAUUCAAUGGAUGAGGGGAAGCUUUGGAUUGAUAUCAAGAACGGGAAGCAAUUUGAUUACCCAAGAUUGCUUUUUAUUAUCACAGGUAAAGGGCCUGAUAGAAAGAAAUAUGAGGAACAAAUAAAAAGGCUAAAACUGAGACGUGUUGCCUUCCGGACUAUGUGGCUUGCAUCGGAGGACUAUCCUCUAUUGCUAGGAUCAGCUGAUCUAGGCGUAUCGUUGCAUACAUCCUCGUCGGGGCUUGAUCUACCUAUGAAGGUGGUUGAUAUGUUUGGAUGUGGAUUACCAGUUUGUGCUGCUUCAUUCUCCUGCAUCGAGGAGCUUGUGAAAGUAAACAGAAAUGGACUUCUUUUCUCAACAUCUUCGGAGCUUGCAGACGAACUUAUGAUGCUCUUUAAGGGAUUUCCAGAGGAAUGUGACACCUUGAAAUCUCUGAAAGAUGGUGCCUUGAGUACAGGGUCAUCUUCCAAAUGGUCAACAGAAUGGGAAACUAAUGCACUUCCUUUGGUGAAGCAGGUGAUUGGCUAAAACACCACAAUAAUAUUGAUCAGAUGGGCAGAAGGAUGGUUUUGUUGCCGGCCUGAAUAUCUGCCAAUUCCAUAGUUUAUAGGUGUAUUUAUUGUACACUUGAGUGACCAGAUGUACAUUUGAUGGUUGAGGAGAAAACAUGUGCAUAUAUCAGUUUACUCACUCGCCCCAGUUGCUUCUUCGUUCAGUUGCCACCCAAGGGCAUAGAUAGGUGUUCGUCGUAGCAGAACCUACCACCAAUACCCUCAGGGACCUCUACCCAACCAACUCCAACUGUCUAAAUGAGAAGGUGUUGAGCAUAUGUCCAAGUUGUUUCAGCAUGUAUAGCUACUGAUCCAUUAGAGUUUAGCGGCAGUUUUUGUUGUUGUUGUUGUUGUUGUUGUUGUUGUUGUUGUUGUAAGGAUCCUGAAUUGUGUGUCCAGUUACAUAACAAAAACAAGGCACUGACAAGCAUACUGUGACA